GAGGGGAAGGAGCGGGGAAGCAGCCCCGGCGGCGGCGGCAGGAGGAGGAGGAGGUGGCGGCGGCGAGGAGGAGCGGGGAGCCGCCCGGGCAGCAUGGUGAUGGCCGAGCCCCGGCGGCUUCCCCCUGCUGCCGCGGCGCUGCUCUUGCAGCCGCCCCGCGGAGGGUCGGGCCCCGUCCGCGUCGGCUUCUACGAGAUCGAGGGCACCCUGGGCAAGGGCAACUUCGCCGUGGUCAAGCUGGGCCGGCACCGCAUCACGCGGAGCGAGGUGGCAAUAAAAAUCAUUGACAAAUCCCAGCUAGAUUCGGUGAACCUGGAGAAAAUUUAUCGUGAAGUGCAGAUAAUGAAAAUGUUGGACCACCCACACAUUAUCAAGCUUUAUCAGGUAAUGGAGACCAAAAGCAUGUUGUACCUUGUGACAGAAUAUGCCAAAAACGGAGAAAUAUUUGAUUAUCUUGCUAACCACGGCCGUCUGAGUGAGUCGGAGGCCAGACGCAAAUUCUGGCAGAUCCUCUCCGCUGUUGAAUACUGUCACAGCCGUAAGAUUGUGCACCGUGACCUCAAAGCUGAAAACCUCCUGCUUGAUAACAACAUGAAUAUUAAAAUAGCAGAUUUUGGAUUUGGCAACUUCUACAAAAGUGGUGAGCCUCUGACAACAUGGUGUGGAAGCCCCCCAUAUGCAGCCCCUGAGGUGUUUGAAGGCCAGCAGUACGAGGGUCCACAGCUGGAUAUAUGGAGCAUGGGUGUAGUUCUGUACGUCUUAGUAUGUGGAGCACUGCCUUUUGACGGACCUACACUGCCCAUCCUGAGGCAACGUGUUCUGGAAGGGAGGUUCCGGAUCCCUUAUUUCAUGUCUGAAGAGUGUGAGCAUCUUAUCCGGAGGAUGCUGGUUCUGGAUCCAUCCAAGAGGCUGACAAUUGCUCAGAUCAAAGAGCACAAGUGGAUGCUGGUAGAGGUUCCUGUUCAGAGACCUGUUCUCUAUCCCCAAGGACAAGAGAAUGAGCCAUCAAUUGGAGAAUACAAUGAACAAGUUCUGCGGCUGAUGCACAGCUUGGGAAUAGACCAACAAAAAACCAUUGAGUCCUUGCAGGACAAGAGCUACAACCACUUUGCUGCUAUCUAUUACUUGCUCAUAGAGAGGCUCAAGUCACACCGCAGUAGCUUCCCCGUGGAGCAGCGACUCGAUUCCCGCCAGCGACGACCGAGCACCAUCGCUGAGCAAACAGUCGCCAAGGCCCAGGCUUCCGUAGCUCCCAUCAACCUGCGCCCCCAGAAUGUCAGGCUGCUAAGGUCUCCUGGCCUCCCACCAACUUCCACUGCUGAAGCUUUCUCUUUUCCCCCUUCCGCCUGCCAGGCAGAAUCAGCUUUCAUGGAGGAAGAGAGAAUCGACACACCAAAGGUAAAUGGCUGCCUGUUGGAUCCCAUUCCCCCAAUGAUGGGGCGGAAAGGAUGCCAGUCCCUGCCAAGCAGUAUGAUGGAGACUUCCAUUGAUGAAGGGAUAGAGACAGAGGGAGAGUCUGAAGAGGAUCCUGCUCAAGCGUUUGCAGCCCUGCAAGCCACUCGCUGUGGGAAGAGGCGUCACACUCUGGCAGAAGUAACCAAUCAGCUGGUUGUCAUGCCGGGCACAGGGAAAGUCUUUUCCAUGGAUGAGAACCAAUCCUUGAGCAGCGUCGACUCUGAAUAUGACAUGGGAUCCAUCCAGAGAGACCUCAACUUUCUAGAAGACACUCCUUCCCUGAAGGAAAUGGUACUUGCCAAUCAGCCAGCUCCUAGGAUGACACCUCCUUUCAUAGGCCUGAGGCCUGCUAAUCCCGCCAUGCAGGCUCUGGCCUCCCACAAGCGAGAGGCCCACAACCGUUCCCCUGUCAGCUUCCGAGAGGGGCGCAGAGCGUCAGACACAUCCCUAACGCAAGGAAUUGUGGCAUUUAGGCAGCACCUUCAGAAUCUAGCCCGAACCAAAGGAAUCUUGGAGCUUAACAAAGUCCAGCUGUUCUAUGAACAGAUGAGGUCAGAAGAUGAACCUGCCCUGGUCUCCACGUCUCCCCAUCUGCAAGACCUCAGGAGUGGUCCCCAGCAGGAGGAAACACCCCAACAGCAGGAAGCUGCCUCUGCUUUUGCUAAUGGCAUCCAUCCCCAGUUGCUCUCCAGGCGGCAGAGCUUAGAAACGCAGUACUUGCAGCACAGACUCCAGAAGCCCAGUCUGCUUUCAAAAGCCCAAAACGCCUGCCAGGUUUUUUGCAAGGAAUUACCCCGGAGUCUGGAGCAGCAGUUACAGGAACACAGGUUGCACCAGAAGCGGCUGUUUCUCCAGAAGCAAUCCCAGCUGCAGGCGUAUUUCAACCAGAUGCAAAUAGCGGAGAGUACCUAUCCCAGACCAAGCCAGCUGUCCCUCACAUGCCACGAGGAGCAGCAGCCACCACCCGCUCCCCAGUUCAGUUUGGUGCAGCCCCUGAGCCCCGUCAUGGAGCCUUCUGCAGAACAAAUGCAAUACGACCCUUUCCUUAGCCAAUACCAGAAGCUUCAACUUGACCAGCCACCCUCACCCCCGAUCCACAGUUCCUCUCGAUUGCCGUCGCAGAUCCCCCUGCAACAGCAGCAGUAUCCCUAUCAGACUUGCGAAUUGCCCGUUGGCACCUCGUCUGAACCAGACUAUGCCAGCCAGCAUCAAUAUCCCCUGGGCCCAACCCAGCAGAGCAGUGUAGCAAUGACCGACAGCCGGCGGAGUUCAGACCCUCCUGGGUCCCAGUCUAACUACGAGGCGUUAGGCCUGGUGGAGCUGCCGGGGCUCUUUGAUUGUGAAAUGAUGGAGACUGUCGACCCCCAACAUGGUGGCUACGUCUUGGUGAACUAGCAAGUUUUGGAGUGUUGUGGAUGGAAGGUGGAUUGUUUGAAGUGAAGGACGGAAAUGCAUGUGGAUUUCCAUGUACGUCCCAUCCCUAAAAUUCAUGGUUUGUGACCCAACCCUUGACCUUAACAGAUGACUAUACAAACCUUCCUAAAUUGGUACUAGCAGGGAAAUGACUGAGCAUCAAUCGCUCUGCAAGGAAACUCGAUGGCAGGGGCUGUGGAGGCAAGGUACUGCACUUUCGAUAGAAGAGGGGACUACUUUGAAAGGAAAGAGGCGACACACUUGCAGGGAAGAAGGAGAUCUGCAAACCAUGCAGCCCCUGUCGGAGGAAGCCUGGAAGGGAUCAAGAAGAGUAGCAAACAUGGGACGACACCAUGCUACUUGGCAAUAAAAGCAAUACAUUUUUCAUUGGAACGCUGCAAAGUUGUGCGCUGAUAUUGAAGCAAAUCAGGAACGUAGCGUGCUGGGGAUUGAACAACCUUUCUCUGAGCCGCCGGUGUAGAACUUGACUACAGCUGAUCCUCAGAGGACUCACGUGGCGCCUCUCACAAUCUCCACUUCCUUCUGUUGACUCUCACCAGGAAAUUCCUGAUCUUUAUGAACCCUGACAGGCCCCUGGAUCUUGUCACGAAAGGGUCUAUAUAUCGCUGUCAAAAGAAGACUGGAGUUGGACGUCCAGGAUUUUCAUAGAACUUAAAAGUGUGUUGGAAGCCCCUCCAGAGAUCAGUGGACAAGAAUUGGGAGGUGGAGGUGGGGGGGUGGGGAAGACCCAGGGGUGUGGGGAGGCUAUACAAUGUUGCCCCUUGGGGGAGCAUGGGGGGAAGCUGUGAUCACUGGAGAAGUAGUUAUAAGCUGCCCUUUGUUGCUUUUCUGUUUUAAAAGAAGAAGCAACUUUACUUUGGACUAAGCAGUGUGUUUUGCUUUUGGUUUCUUAGGCUUUGUAUAUUUCGACAGUUAUUUAGGGAAUUAGCAUUUUACGGA